ACAGGACAUUUCAGCUCAACUUCAUCCAGUUGACGUGUGCUUGAGUUUUGCGGCGAAUUAUGUGUUGAAGGUUUUGGAUAUUUUUUGGAGUGUGGUUUACUAAUCAAUUUUUAAAAUGUUGGAUUGUGUUGAAGAUUUAAAGCGCAUGAAUAAGCGCCAGCUUUUGUACCAGUUUCUAAAUUUUGGUAUGAUAGUUUCAUCAGCUUUAAUGAUAUGGAAAGGAUUAAUGGUAGUCACAGGAAGUGAGAGUCCAAUUGUUGUAGUUUUAAGUGGUAGCAUGGAGCCUGCUUUUCACAGAGGGGAUCUGCUGUUUUUAACGAACCACAAAGAAGAUCCUGUUCGUGUGGGUGACAUUGUUGUUUUUAAAGUUGAAGGACGUGAUAUACCUAUUGUUCACAGGGUUCUCAAGAUACAUGAAAAGGAUAAUGGUACAGUGAAAAUUCUUACCAAGGGUGAUAACAAUUCUGUGGAUGACCGAGGACUUUAUGCACCAGGCCAGCUGUGGUUGGAAAAGAAAGAUAUAGUUGGGAGGGCUCGAGGAUUUGUGCCAUAUGUUGGGAUUGUCACUAUACUCAUGAAUGAUUAUCCAAAAUUUAAGUAUGCAGUUCUGGGUUGCCUUGGCUUGUUCGUACUCAUUCAUCGAGAUUAAUUAAGCACAAAACUCAACACAUAUUCAUUUGUUCAUGUGCAUCAGAAGUGCCCAGAGUCUUCUGCAUCCAGACGGAAGCUUUAUCUUCUCAGAAAAACUGACAAUAUUUCGAAAUGUGUUUAUAUAUAUAUUCAUACUUACACAUGAAUAUAUAUGUAUGUAACUGCUUGAUUCUAAAGCAGCUUUGUAAGUUAUUCAAAAUUAGAAAAUAUUUAUUCUGAAAUUUUGUUAGCUUCAUAAUAUGCAACAACAACAAAAAAAGACCUUCCAUCGUGUGUGGUCAAUUUUGGCAUUUAAUUUUUUUUUUCUUUCAAUUUUUAAUGUGACUAUCAUUGCUGAAUGUCUGAUUAUUAUCAUAAUUCAACUUUAGAACCCAUAAACAAAACUUAAAAUUUAGCAAAUAAAUUAUUUUAUUAUCUUUCCCCUACUGAUUUCUUUAUUCUACUUAAAUUGUGCUAAAAUGUUACUCUGAUUUAGAUAUUUGAUGACAAAAUGAACCAAGGAACAAAAAGCACCUGUUUCAGUAAAUGCUUGUUGAAAAAUAAGUUUAUUUAUGGAAUACAGUUGUGUAAUAAAUGGUAACUAGCUUAAUUUGACAUUUUUUAAAAAAUUCUUUAUCAAAUGUCAUUAUAAUGUGUGGAUGCAAAUAAAACUUAGAACAAAAAGAAGGGGAAAAAAAAAAAAGGCCUUGGUAUAUGCACUUUUGUAUUUGAUUCCAUUAAUGGAUGUCAGACAUGUUUAACUUGGAUUUUGAUAUUAUUCCAUUGGUGACAACAUUCAUUGCUCAAAUUGGACGAGUUUUCUCUGAAGUAUGAAGUUUUGUUAAUAGAAUAGACCUGUUUUUGAUUUUAUCUUCUGGGUCAACCACUGCUUCUUAAACAUUCCUUUUCUAUUAAUUUUUAUCCUUUCAAUCAAAAUUUGAAUGCUUUUUGCAUUAUAAAUUUAAGUUAAUAUUUAAACUUAAAAAUAAAAAAAUAACAAAUAGUUACUUUUAUUAUUUAGAGGUUUAUUAUCAAGUAGUACUUAAAAGUUGAAUUACUUAUAUACGAGUAUAUUUGACAGAUGACAACAACAACAACAAAAAAGGGAUUCUUACAUCACAGAUUUUCAAUUUGGUAAUUUGAUCAUUAAAAAUGUCAAAUAGCCAAACUUCUGAUGGUAUGAUAUACUUUCAUAUUUUUCCAAAAUAUUGUUUAUUAUAUUCAUUGAUUAGCUAGUAAAAUCUCAAAAUAGAUAUAUUUUUCAUAUCAACAAUAAAAAUGAAUUUUUUUGAAGUCCAACAUAAAUAUAGUUUUUAAAGGAAACUUUCUUCUUUAGUUGCUGAACCAAAUUGUUAUGAUAUUUUUAAGACAGUGCAACACAAGUAUUAAGGUUAUUUUGCUUGCAUUAAUUUUAGAAAACAUGAUUUCAUUAAAAAAAUUACUUCUUUUUCAAUUUCAUGUGAAAGAUUUGUAUCUUAUUUGCUUUGAUUAAAAUAGAGAAGAAUUUUGUACAUUUCCUGAUUAGAAUGGACAUAAGUAUUGAUUUAUAAAACAGUGCAUAAUUAUUUUUUUAUAAACUUGCAGUGUUGAGUUAUACUUGAAUGUGGCUGCCAUUUCAGCAAUUAGUUAAAACUAAGCUGUUGAUGUGAUAUUUAAAUUCAGUAUUAGAAUGCUCUAUUUUUUUUCUCUUUAUAAUCUAAAAUGAUUACUUUCUGAAAUUUAAAACUAUAGUAGAUAAUUUUUCUUUUUUACAUUUAAAAUAUUAAAAGGCCUAAACCCAAACAAUGUGUAUCCAAGUGUACAUGUAUGUUGUGAAAUUACUUCUGAAAAAUUUGAACAUGCAUUUAAUGUAUUAAAAUUUCUAUUUGAAAUUUUAUUAUUUAUUUAUAGUGCACUAUGUUGAUUGCAAUAUAUUAAGUGUAUACGAACAUUUCUUACACUUUAAUUGUACUUUUUCUAUGACAAAAUAAAAUACUGUUUGGAAUCUCCCAUUCUUGCUUA